UCAGUUGACAAAAAAACACGCAGUCUGUUGCUGAGUUUCCUUGUGCUGGUGUUGUGAAGCUGAAUCACAGAUUAGAGAGCACAUGCUGGUUUUACUUGCACUACUUUGACUAUGGCGGGUGUUCAUCAAGUUUGGAAAAUCUUCACCCUCUUAGGAUACCUGCACGUCUGUCAAAGCUCCAACACUCCCCGGACCUCCUUCUUCCUCGGAAGUCCAGGCCGUGUGCUGUCCACAUACAAAACAUCUGAUGUGCAGAACACCACAGCUCUGCUGCUCAGUCCAGAUGCUGCCACUCUGUUUGUUGGGGUUAAGAACGCUGUGCUCUCAUUGGAUGUCAGUCAGCCUCAUGUCAUUACACCAAAAAACAAGUAUGACUGGACACCAAAACAUGGUUUCAGAUGUCAGACUUCAGAGAAGAAUUGUGCCAAUUUUGUCCGGAUCUUGCAGUUUAUCAACUCCACUCAUUUGUAUGCCUGUGGGUCAUUUGCAUUUAAACCUGAAGACAUAAUUCUUACUGCAGAUAGUCUGUCAGUCAGCAGGGCAGCACAGUCUGCCAAAGGUGUCUGUCCUUACAAGGGAUCUGAGAGGAACACAGCUGUUUUUGUUGAUGGAGAGCUGUAUACUACCACAACAGAGGACUAUUUUGGAAGCACACCCGUCAUCUCGCGACAUUUCAGCAAAGGAAGAAACAACUUAAACCUUGACACUACCUUUAAAAAACUCAGUGAUCCUACGUUCAUCAGCUCCUCUUACAUUCCCAGUGAGGGGAAGGUGUUGUUUUUCUUCAGGGAAGAGGCAGCAGAGUACAGCUACACGGAGCGAUUCUUUGUGUCACGUGUGGCCCAAGUUUGCACAGAUGACAAUGGAGGGGAGAGAGUCCUUCAAAAGAGCUGGACAACAUUUGCUAAGUCCCAGCUCAUAUGCCAGACAGAGAAGCAGCUGCCUUUCAAUUUGCUCCAGGACAUUGUAAUGAUGCCACCAGCAGAUGAUGAAUUGCCUGAUAAUACACGGUUCUAUGGCAUCUUCACAUCUCAAUGGGCUCUAGGAUCCAGUCCGACUGCAGUGUGUGCUUUUACACUAGGAAGCAUUAAAGCAGCAUUCUCUGGAGCCUACAAAACCUACACUGCAGAAACCUACCAAAGGGAACAACCUAAUCCAAACUCCAAGCUGGGCAAAUGUGGGAUACAUAAUGACACUGACAGCACAUUGAACUUAGUAAAGAAAACCUUCCUGACCGCUACCAGUGUGAAAUCCGAGGGAAAUAAGCAGCUUCUCAUAACCAACGAAGUGCUGUACAGUCGAAUCACAGCACAAACAGUCCAGGCUGCCAGUGGUCACAUUUACACUGUCCUCUAUCUGCUUACUGAGACUGGAUUACUUCACAAAGUUGUGCUACAAAACAACGGAUUCCACAUCAUUGAAGAGAUCCAGGUUUUCAAACAACCACAAACUGUCAAAAGUAUCCUUCUUUCUGUUACAAAGGGUGUGGUAUUUGUGGGCUCGUCCGAAGGUGUGAUCAGGGUACCUGUGUCUAACUGCUCCUUCUACUCAAGUUGUGCUGAGUGUGUGCUGGCUCGGGAUCCAUUCUGUGGCUGGGACUUGCUGGGCAAAGCCUGCAUCCCAGUGUCUGAUAUGAAGCCUGAUUUGAACGUCUCAAUACGUCAGGAUAUAGAGAAUGGCAAUGCUGAAGAGCAAUGUAAAAACUUGACAGAUAGGAGUAGUGCACUUGUCCGAAAGGUGGUGUCGGUCCAGCUUUACCGCUUGGUCAUGCUGCCAUGUUACUCAAGCUCCAGACAGGCCAAAGUGAGCUGGAGGUUCCCUAAUCACAGCACCUUACCCCAGUCCCUCUAUCUGCAGCAUGAAGAUGGUAGCCUGAUCUUCUUUGUCACUCCCAGCACUGCCUUGGAAUACUUCUGUGUAACUGAAGAGCAGGGCUUUCAGCAGACUGCAGCCAUCUCUCUGAAACUACAGACUUCCUCUCGUUCCCAGACAUCCUCAUCUUGUUCUGGGCUGGAGCCGAUACCUGUACCGGACUUGUAUGAGGACACAAUUAUGCAUCAGAAGAUCUACUAUAACGAGCUGGUUGCUGUUUCCUCUCUGUUGGCCAUAUGCCUCUUUGUGAUUGCUGUUGGGGCGUUGCUGUGGUGGAGGAAGAGCCACAAUACUGAUCCUGCUGACCCUGAAUGUUUGCCUGCUCACGACGUUGGGUUAUCACUACACCUUAAGUAAUCUGUAGAUGCAUAAAGAUGCAACAAAAACUAGAGUUAAAUUUUGAAAUUACUGUCAUCUGAACUGCUAAAGUCUAAAAGAGGUUACCACUUUCCUCCAUAACCAGGGACUUUUGAAGAACAACCUUUUCAUAGCUUUGUGGUCCGCAGAAGUUUUGGAAGUCUUUCAAAGGACAUGAAAAUGUCAGCGGGCCACGGACACAGUGUUUUCGGAACAUUGAGAAAUGUGUUUCCUGUGUUGCGAAAUAAGUUUAAAAAUUAUGCUUUUUUAAACGUUUAAAUGAGAUUUCUUUCUGAGAGUAAAGCAGUAAAGUCAAGAUCAUGGUUCGACAGCCAAACUUGUGGAACACAUGUGGAAAUAUUUGCAGAAAGGAAAUGAAGCUACUGCUCAAAGGAACAUAUAAUCUUUUGUCCUUUACAGCUUAAAAUCACUGAUGUUUUCCACACGUAAGACUGUGAAAACUUGCAGUUUCGUCCAGAAUAAAUAUUUUAAUAUUCCUUUUUCAGUGCGCACAUGAUGGUCAUACACAUAUGUUUCAUUUUAACUUAAUGUAAAAUUGUAUCAAUAAAUCAUUUUUGUAAUAAAUGCAAA